AUGAUUAAAUUCCCCCAUCGCGUUCGUGGAACAGCUACUGUCACAACCGGGCAGCACAAAGCGGCACGAAUAAGGCUGCGCCUGCAGCGUUUGCAGAGCCUUCGCAACUCCAUAGCGGGAUUCGAACCACCAGCGACUCACUCGACCCCGAGUCCGAGCCAGGGACAAGAGCCAGACGGACACGAGACGACCCUGCAUCCAGCCGAUCGGAUGAUGUCUGAACGAUUCCUCUCCCACUUUCUCGUGACCUCCAGGGAAGUACAAGAAGGUGGGACGGCGAGCCACGGCCACUUCCCGGACGGAGCCGUGGAGGGCGGGAUGACGGCCGACGGCGAGAAGCUCUACGUGGCCCGGACCGAGCACAAGGGCGACCUCCUGCCCGGCAAGCUCCACCCGUCAAAUUCCGUCUGCUAUGUCACGUAUGCCGGGGCGGAGCAUCACAAGGAUACCUAUCAUGUGCUGGUGAAUCCCGCCAAGAGCAACCUGGACUGGGUGGCGGCAUCCGGGGGAUCGGUCCCGGCGGGGGCCCUGCAGGGAGGACGCACGGCCGAGGGAGAGGCGCUCUUCAUCGGCAGGUGCAAGCACCAGGAGCAUCUCCUUUGCGGCAAGGCAAGUCGCGAGCAUCGGUUUCGUCCCAGGGGGAGGUGGAGAGGGAGAGAGUUUCGUUGA